CGCAGGCGCAGCGGCGGCCAGCGAAAAGUGGAGCAUUUGGCGGGUUUUAAGAAACGGCUUCCCGGAGUCGGAGCGGGAGAGUGUCUGAGACAAAAGGCUCGGAUGCUUCUGUGACACAAGGUCUCUGUCGGAUGUAUGAGCAGCGGUUUAUACAGUUUUGUUAUUUUACUUUAAUCUUAAAAAAGGAAGUCAUAACUUUUUCUAGUGUGCCCCGCUUGAUGGUGGUCGACCCCCAGGCGACAGUGAGCCUGAGGUAAUGGAAGUCCUUGUGGGCCUCUCUCCCCUCCCCAUGGCACAGCAGACUUUGUGUGAAGAAUUGGAUGACCCCUCACAGGAUUUGGAUUUCGAUAUUCCAGACCAUAAAGAUGCAAAUAAGUUCUUCAAAGUCAAAUGGUCUUCGGAAGAGGAUGAAAAAUUGAAGAAGCUGGUAAAUCAAUAUGGCAAAAAUGACUGGAGAUUUAUAGCAAGUAAUUUUUCUAACCGAACUGAUCUUCAGUGCCAACACCGAUGGCUGAAGGUUCUGAAUCCAGAGCUUGUGAAAGGACCGUGGACAAAGGAAGAAGAUCAGAAGGUAAUUGAAUUAGUUCAGAAACAUGGGCCAAAACGUUGGUCAUUGAUUGCAAGACAUCUAAAAGGUAGACUUGGCAAACAGUGCCGUGAGCGCUGGCACAAUCAUCUCAACCCUGAGGUUAAGAAGUCAUCUUGGACUAAAGAGGAGGACAAGAUUAUUUAUGAAGCACACAAGGUCCUUGGUAACCGCUGGGCAGAGAUUGCAAAACUGCUACCAGGGAGAACAGACAAUGCUGUAAAAAAUCACUGGAACUCGACAUUGAAAAGGAAGGUAGAGGUUGAAGGCUACUUACAAGAUGGUAACCAGGAUAUGCCAAUGUUUUUAUUUGCUCAUUCGGAGGAUGGUGAAAUCCAGUGUUUCAGGACCAAACUGACUCAGGCAUCUUCAAAACAUGAAGCUGUUUGUGUAGAACCAGUUCCACAGCAGCCAUCUGUUACUAUAAAGCAGGAGGACAGUGUUGCCAGCUGGCUAGGCAAUAUUCUCGCGGAUAACACAUUACCUAGUGAUCAUGGACAAUCGGGCAUUUCUGAAACUCCGCAAGAUCAGUCGAUUUCUGAUCAAUCCGAGGAACCUAAUCAGUCUCUAGAAGAGGGUUCUGGCAGCAUGUUUCUGAUUGUAGAUUCUGGGACAAUAUUUUCUCCGCAGUCAGCUCCUGAAUUCUCUGAGCCUCUGGAGCUAAUCAAAUGUGAUCCAGAUACAUGGUCUGACCUGUCUUGCUUUGAUUUACCGGAGGAUCUAAUCAAACAGACCCCUGAUAAGAAGUCACAGCAGACUUUGACAGAAUAUCGCAUUGAUGCACAUACCAUCUCUGACCUAAGCAAAAGUGCCAAGAAGGGUGAACUCAUACCCAUGAUCACUUCUCCAGUUGCAGGAAGCUUUAGUACACCACCGACAAUCCUGAGGCGCAAGAAAAAAACAAAAAUUACACUUUCACCUGUCAAUGACAGUUGUGGGAAUAGCUUUGCUAUUUUUGAAAGCAGUACCAGCAGCAGCAUGACUCCAAAAAGUACUCCAGUGAAGACAUUGCCUUUCUCACCAUCGCAGUUUUUAAACUUCUGGACCAAACAAGAUAAUCUUGAUCUUGAAAAUCCAUCUCUUACCUCAACCCCAGUUUGUAGCCAGAAAAUCAUAGUUACAGCUCCACUCCAACGAGACUAUACACCCAAAGUUCAAAAAGAGAACUCUGUUUUUCGAACACCCAGAAGUCGAAGGUCUCUUUUAGACAGUACACCAAGAACACCUACUCCUUUCAAAAAUGGGCUGGAAAAAUAUGGAGCAGCAAAACCUCGGUAUCCUGUGUCUCAAAUUGAGGAGGAACUAAAAGAUGGUUUGAAGAAUGUUUUGCAGGAAGAUGAAGUCCAGUUAGCAAAACGAAAGCAGCAUGGGCUACACAGACCUCUUAUGAAGAAAGUGCGGAAGUCCCUUGCUUUGGAUAUUGUGGAAAAGGAUGGGGGUAAAACAAAUCAGCCUGUUUUCAGCACCCUCAGCAUAACCAAACAGACAAAAGAUUCUUUAUCAAAAUCUUUGAACAGCUCUUCAAGUAAAAAUGAUGCUCUGAACAGAGGUUUUAUUAUACCCAAUAAAGAGACUAGUUUUUCAUUCAAGCCUUCUAAACCAGAAACUCCAAAAUGGAUGAGUAGUGCUUGGGAAACAGUAGCCUAUGGAAGAACAAAAGAUCAGCUUAUAAUGACUGAGAAAGCCAGAAAGUACUUAAAGGCAUUCAAAACAACUCACACCUCUAGGACUUUGAUUUUGUAAUGUGUCCAACAGCUUUGAACAUUGUGCUUGGAUGACUCUUUCAAUGGAAAGAUUUAGUUUGUGGAACACAGACUAAAAAAUCAUGGAUUUAUAAAACUGAUGCUUUAGCAAUUUAUUUUUUUGAGUCAAAACAGUAUAUCGUAGUGGAGGGCAAUAUUGUCCUAACCGAGGACAACUAAUUUUGUAAAGCCAAUUUACAUACUGCAUUACUGGUUUGGAAACUUCAAGUCAUGAGAACAUGACCAAUUGUAGACUUUACUUUUAUAACAAAAAAAAAUUAUUAAUUUAAUAUUAACAAUCUAACUUUUUUCACUGGAAAGCUUCAAUGUGGAACAGUUACUUGCACUGACAAAAUUGUGCUUAGGUAAUUGAGAAGAGUUCUCUAAUAAUGUCUUAUCACAUUUGUCAAUGUAACUGUGUUCAAUUAGCUCUUCAAAUUGAAGGUGCACUUUUUGCUGCUUGUAGCAUAAAAUCAAGAGUGAAAGCUCUUAUUUGUUCCAACAACAGCAUGAAUUAGGUUUGCUUCUCCAGUUGCAAUAUUCUCAUGUUAUAGCUCUGGCAUGACAAAAGAUAUGCAGGGUUUAAUGCAGAAGAAUGUUUUCACUGGAACAAAGCUACUGUUUAUAACUCAAAUACUAGUUAAUAUGACUGUCUGCUUCCAAGGUAACUCAGUUGAUCUUUCACAAAGUAUCGAUUUUAUCAUCAACUAAUCCUCCCAAAUCUGUUAUGAAGCUAGUUACGAUUAUUCAAAUAACAAGUGUAGAAAACUUGUUCCAUUCGCAGUCUAUUUUUCAUAAUUUGCACCAUUCCAACAUUUAAAGUACUGAGCAUUGCUAGAAUAUGAUAAUAUGUCAUUUGAGAUCCUUCUGUCCCAUAUCAUUGGUCUCUGUUCCCAUCAGGGAAUUGAAGGUGAUCAUUUUAAAUCCUAAAAGCAAUAACUCCAAUGCCAAAGGAUACACAACUGAUCAUUUAGGACUCUGAUAUAAAAUUUGACAUGGUUACGAUAGAAAUUGUGGAAAAGUUGUCACAGUUCUCUCCCAGCUGUUGAGAUGCAAGAAUUUUGCCUAAACUGCAAUGAUGAGUUAUGCAUGAAAUUCUGAAAUAUAUUGCUCUGGCCUUCCGGGUCUCAAUUAUAAAUGUUGACUGUAGUAUGCAGAAGGAUGGAAUGCUUAAUAACCUAAUGACAUUAAUACUCAUCAAUUUCCUUCAGAAUCAAACAACUUAGGUUCUAACUAGAAGUCUUUCAUUCAAUUUCCCAAUUUGUGUAAGGUCAUGUAACUGCGUGAUUUUUAUCCUAGCAAUGUUCCUUUUCCUGUCUCUCUUGUCACCUACCCAUCCCUCCCAUGUACAUAAGAUGCACAUGGUUAGUAUAAUUUUAUGUCAAUUUAGUCCCUACUUUCUCCAAAGAGCAGCCUGCAUAUCUGUUAUAUCACUGGUACCUAAUUUAAGUUUGACCUUUAAGGUUCAAAAGGAAAGACAUUGAGUGAACCUUUGAAACUGCUGCAAACAAUCUGAAUCAUGUUUUGUACAUUUAUUUCAACAUUCUUCUAUGUAAAAUAGAUGGGAUAGAUUUGAGUUUCACAGUUGAUUAGAAUUUAAAUUGUUUUAAAUUAUUUUCCUUCCUGUUCUACCAAUUGGAAUUCCAACAUUGUUAAUUUAGUAGGUAGAAUAAAAAGCAGCCAGUUGCUCCCUUAUCUCCUGGAUAGAGAUUUUGGGAGUUUGCUUGUUUUUUUUUGUUGCAGAAGAAGUAUUUGAUAGUAGUAACAUAUGAACAUGUAUACUCAAUAAACUGCUUCAGUGCUUCUUUAGAACAAUAGAGAGAAUUUUUAUUGAUAAUGUUAAUACCUUACUUUAAGCAAGCCUAGUUUUCAUGGCUUGAAAGUCCAAUUGCACUUGGUUGAAAAAAUCCUUUGGACUAAGUAACCAGGUUAAAAACACAAUAAGCAUUAAAAGGAUGUGAUUUUUAAACAAAAUGACUGUUAAAAAUAUCAGUUUUGUAAUCUGCACUCAUAUUUGCAGAUCAAUAAAAGAAUAGUAUUUUAUACUAUGUGAAGACAGUGUUAAUUUAUUGGCAGACAGUCUGUGAUAGAGACAUUGGCAUGUGGAUUGCUCCAGUUAGAUGAAACAAUAGUCCCUUUACAUCCCGUCUUUGGUUCUGCACAGCAUGAGUUGACAAAAUGGAUGGGAAAUUUUAUCAGUUUUGAGUAGGUUUUCCAUAUCUACAAAAAAUAUUCCUUGAUAUUUGCAUAUUGAUAGUGAUGCCAGUCCAAGUGCUCAUUCGAGAUUCCAGUCAGCAGUGUGUCAAUUAAGGAAGACAGACACAUUUGCACUGCAGCACUAUAUCAUGGUGAUCUAGAUCUGCCAGCAUUGUGAGAAUCAAUAUUCAUUGAAUGACUUAUGAUUUCAGUUUUAAUGAUGCCAGGUAUGCUCAAGUGGUUGGUAGUAUCAUAUACUUGUCUCUUAAGCCCAGCUCUCUCAAACAUUCUUUUUGGGUUCGGUGAGAAACACCUUCGAUGGGACAAGAUCUAAUCUCUUAUUCUUUGCAUAUUUGCAGUAUGUAAAUGAUACAACACUAUGCUUGAAUCCACGGUCGCAUAUGCAAAUUUCCUUGUCUUAGAACGUCUCACGUGCACUCCAUUCUCCUUUUUGAAAUGGAGUACCCCUUGAUGUGCUAGUUGAGAAAUCUACUUUUGUUCUCUGCUACCAAUCACAAAGCUAUCGGCAAUCAAUAUACACAAUGGCAAUCUUUAUAUUGCGUGGCUAUAAGGUUGGUUUCAUUAGCAACUGCAAAUGAAGCCCAAGUCACUUGCUCAUCUUGCAAACUUUAAGUUGAAAUGGGGUGCAUCAAAGCCAUGCUGUGAGGUAAUGGGUACCCUGAUUGAAUCUUUACUUACUAUCCAGCAAACUAAAGAUUGGGCCUAAUACAACUAUUUUUGGUCCUGAAAAGUGUCCCAUUUAUAUUAGGCUAGCUUGGAACGCUAAGCUAUCUCAAAAAUAAAAUGAAGCUACUGUUUACCACUAACAAGUUGCUGAUUCGAGGCAAAAAUAUGUUCUGCCUUCCACACUAAAUAAUUGUGUAUGAAAUUCAGUGCUGGAUAAAAUGCUGUGUACAUCCCAAAAGGUGGUGGAUCAAUCAUUUCGGCUUCUUGCAAUGAACAUGGUAACAACAGGACCCAUAUGGGCUUAUAAAAUUCAGAAGUAUCCAACCUUAGAUGUGAUUCUUCCAUUGCAUAACAAAUUGCUAAAUAAUCCUUUUUGUGCUAAGGAAAGCCAUUUUAGGAUUGUUGGGCUCACUGUAGCACAAUUACAUGUGCAAGAGGUUACAUAUAUUAAAACUUACUGUUUGCAGACAGAAAGAACAUGUGUACACACUGCCUCUGAAAUCUCAACCGUUGUUACUAGUUCAUUCCUCAAGAUAAUACCUGAUCAAUCUGAGUCGACAGGACUGGUUUAAAUUUAAAUGAGCUUGGCAGUUAAACAUAGUCGUUUGUGUAACUGGUGCAUUCUUCAUGGCAAUGUCUAUACCAUCAGUAUGGGCUUCUUCGACAGUAUAAAAUGACAUUCUCCAUUAUGUUGGUAUUCUUAUGAAUGUUCUGUUGAGUGCAAACUGACUGUCUCAUCAACAAUACUCAAAUUCUGUACACUCAAAUGAUUGAACACAUUCAGUACGUAGUGUAGACUGAAAAGGUAUAUUGAAUUUUAAAAUGAAACAAAUUUACUAUUCCUAUAUUACCGUUGGUGAAAUGCAUACAAAUUUCAUCAUUUAAAUAUUCAACCUUUUAAGGAAUAAGACUAUUUCAACAUCUUUCAGCCAGGCACCUAAUGCAAUUGAAUUUGAAUGCACUUGUGUUUACUUGAUUGAACAUGGUAGGGUAAUGAGUUCUGAAAUUGGGUAGGUUGCAUCGGGGCUUUUGUAAAAAUGGUUUAAAUGUUAGUUCUUGUGUGCUAGUGCAUUUGUGAUUGAUAUUCAGAGACUUUAAUUUACCCUGUUGUAUAUUGUAACAGAAUCAAAAUCCUGAAGUCCAAUUUGUUAUCGAAAGACGCAAAUUUUACUGGCAGGGCAGACCAGUAGGCAAAAUGUUGAUGUUGUGCAAACCUAUUUUGAUUUUGUACAGUUUGUGAUUUCUCUUAAGAACUCAUAUAAGUUGAGCCUUCUCAUACUAUACCACCUUGAGAAUGAGUGACUAAUUGCAAUCAAAGUAAACUUUACAUAAUCAUGCUCAUUAUGCACACAUUAUGCGGUCUUUAGUUUCAUGUGCAUAACUGCUGCUCUAAUUUUAUGCUGUGAUUAAGACUUUUGAGCUGAGAUUAUUUCCGAACAAAUUUGAUAAUCUUUAAAUGUGUUCAGUUUUUCAACUGGUGUUUAUAAAAAAAGUUGUCUUCAAUUACAUUAAAGUUAUUAUGAAUAACUAAUGAAAGAAAAUCAAUAGAUUUUCAUAUUUAUGUAAAGAUUGUGUCUUUAAAUCACUUCAUG